AUGGCUACUACUUUCAGUGUUCUCUGUAGUGAUCGGUUUCAUCUGAAAGGAUUUAAUAAUCCUUCAGAGAGAUUCAGUGGAACAGUGUACUCGAGGAUUAGUCAGCUUAAUGUUAGUGUCGCUCGGACAAAGAAUCUGUCGCUCAGUUGUAAGAGACUUGGUCGGUUUUCUUGUAAUAGCGAAGUUAAGCGACUAGUAAAUGGGGAUUAUGGUGAAAAUGAUGGAGACAAAGGAACGCGAAGAAGAAGGUUUUCUCUCAGGCUUCGACCUAGAUUACGUUUACUGAGCAUGAGACUUGGGAGAUUCAAUCUCAGAGCCUCAUUGGAAGAUUUCAGAUUGUUUCUGAGAAAGAAUCUCAAAAGAGUGAUCUUAUCUACCGGUGUAGCUGUUAUCUUUGGACUGUGUUAUCUGUUCUUGAGGUUAACCUCUGUUCCAUCUCCAUCCAUUGUUCCAUACUCAGACUUCGUAACGAAUCUUCAAGGCGGUUCUGUUUCAAAGGUUUUGCUCGAAGAAGGUUCUCGUAGAAUCUAUUACAACACUAACGAGGAGAAUGUUGAAGAUGUUCACAAGUCUGAGUCUUUAGAAGAAGAACCCGCGACCGAAGUAGCUGUUACGAAAGAUGUUCGAAAGGUUCGAGCUUUGGCUCCUGUGUGGAAGUAUGUGACGAGGAAAGUAGAUCAUGAUGAGAAGUUUCUUCUUAGUUUGAUGAGGGAGAAAGGGAUUACUUAUAGCUCAGCUCCUCAAUCUGCUUUGAAGUCAAUGAGAACUGUUUUGAUAACAAUCAUCACUCUUUGGAUUCCUUUAACUCCUCUUAUGUGGCUUCUCUACCGGCAAAUCUCAGCAUCUAACAGCCCUGCGAAGAAACGACGCUCUAAAAAUCCCACAGUUGGAUUUGAUGAUGUUGAGGGCGUUGAUUCCGCUAAAGACGAGCUCGUUGAGAUAGUGUCAUGUCUUCAAGGAAGUAUAAACUACAAGAAACUAGGAGCAAGGUUACCAAGAGGUGUGCUUUUAGUUGGUCCACCAGGGACAGGUAAAACCUUGUUGGCUCGAGCUGUAGCUGGGGAGGCUGGAGUUCCGUUCUUCUCUGUUUCCGCUAGCGAGUUUGUUGAAAUGUUUGUUGGAAGAGGUGCAGCGAGAAUCAGAGAUCUUUUCAGUGCAGCAAGGAAGAACUCACCUUCCAUUAUAUUCAUCGAUGAGCUCGAUGCGGUUGGUGGAAAACGAGGUAGAAGUUUCAAUGAUGAACGUGACCAGACCCUAAACCAGUUACUUACUGAGAUGGAUGGAUUCGAGUCAGACAUAAAAGUCAUUGUAAUCGCAGCAACUAACCGACCAGAAGCAUUAGACCCUGCUCUUUGUCGACCAGGAAGAUUCUCAAGAAAAGUUGUGGUUGCAGAACCGGACCAAGAAGGACGUAGGAAAAUCUUAGCCGUACAUCUGAGAGACGUCCCUCUAGAAGAAGAUGCGUUUCUGAUAUGUGAUCUGGUUGCUUCUCUAACUCCCGGAUUCGUAGGUGCUGAUCUGGCCAACAUUGUCAAUGAAGCUGCAUUGCUAGCUGCUCGUAGAGGAGGGGAAGCUGUGGCAAGGGAAGAUAUAAUGGAAGCUAUAGAGAGGGCGAAGUAUGGGAUCAAUGAUAAGGAAGUGAGGCCAAGGACAUUAGGGAAUGAGCUGAGCAAGCUGUUCCCAUGGAUGCCAUCUUUGGCUGGGAGGAACGGACCUGAUCAAGACGGUUCACAAGGACCGUUAGGUUACCAAACAUUAAGCUAA